AUGCUUAAUUUAAACACAAAGCAAGCGUCGCAACAAAGAAAGUCUUCAGACUUUUCAAAUACAAAUAUUUAGAAAACAGUUUCCUAAGAUGAUACAUACAAAAUAGUGUUAAUAAUCCAUGCAAAUCCAAAAUUAGAGAAAAUAUUUUCAAAUGAUAUCAAUCCAAAUAUAGUCAUAAAAAGUGUAACAAAAAGUUUUUCACUUAAUAAAGGGCAUUUAAGAGUUGAAAGUGGAUUUUUUGAGAGAGUAUUUAAAGAAAAUGAGGCGAAAAAGGAAAUUUAGUUAGACAUUUAAUUUUUUAAGGAAGAAGAUGAAGGCAUUUUGGAAAAAAUAUUAAGAUGUCUUUAUGGUGGAAAAAGCAUUAUUAUCUAAUAAGAAUUCUAUCAAACAUAUAAAAUGUGUAAACACUUAGAAAUAUAAAAACUUGUUUAAUUGCUCAACUCAGAAGUUUUGAAUAAUUUUAAUAUGUUUAAUUUCUUUACAGUCUUUUAGCUUGCUGUUUUGUACAGUGAGUACGAUUUAUUAAAAAGAGCUUAGACUUUUUUAGAAGAUACUUCAUUUGAAAUAGUUAAAGAAGCCAUUAAUUAAGAUAGAAAGAAUCUACCUUAUCCUGUUACGUUUGCUGAUCUCGAUCAGGAGGCAGCUAGAUAAAUACUCAAUUUUAAUAAAGAUUUUACUUAUCUUGAUCCCAUAGAAACAUUCAAUUUAAUUUAGCACUACUAUAAAAAUAAUUAACUUACAACGGAUAUAAAAUUGCUCAUAAAGGAAUAUUUACCUGAGAAUAAGCUUACCGCUAAUUAGUAUAAGUACAUUAUGCCUUUUUUCUAAAGUUUCUAAGAAGAUUAGACCCAGUCAUUGAGGAUUCCUUUAGGUACUUAGGAUAAUAGUAGUCUUUACCAAUUAAAAAGCGAAAUAAUUUAUUAUUAAAAGAAGGUAUAGGAAAUGGAAUAAUAAAAUAACAAAUUAUAGGAUUAAAUGCUAAAAAUGAAGUAGGAAAUUGAGUAAAAGACUUCAGAAUUCAGUAAAAAAGAGGAAUAGCUUUUAUUAAAAAUAAGCACUAUAGAAGGCUCAGUUAAAUAGUUUGAAUAGCUCGAUAAGGGAAAAGAGCAGGAGUAUAAUAGAAAAAUUCAAAAACUUUUUAAGAUGUUCAAAGAAAGAGAAACUCAGCUACAAGAAAAAGAAAAGCAGUAUUAAGAUUUAUACUAAGUAUUAAAAAAUUUUACUUUUUAGAAUUAAUAUCACUCUCCUUAAGCUACCUAGGAUCCUUAGACUUAAAAUUAAUAAUAAAUAAAAGCUUAAACUCAUCAAGGAUUCUAUCGUCCUUCUUCUCUGUAAAACUAUCCAGAAAAUACUUUGGUAGAUAAUCAUAAAAUGAAGAAUAGCGAUUCCUCGAUGAUGACUACCUAAAAUAGUAUUAUGUAUGUCACAGGAGGAAUGCAACAAAGCUAGAUAGUUCCUUUAUCUGAUUUGGAAAGUAUGAAUUAAAGCCAGAGCUAUCAACAUAAUAAGUUUAUCAAAAAUAACUUAUAAAACUAUAGCACUCAUUUUUAAUUUCAAUAAUUACAAAACCCUAAAUUCAAUGACUUUUAGUAAAAUUUAUCAGGAAAAGCAGUUGAAAUAAAAGGCAAAGAUAUUUUGGCAAAUACAAAUAAAUUAAACACAAAUGAUCAUUUAGAAAUGAAUAUAAAUUAGAAUUAACCAGUAACCAAAAUACAUGGUGUGAUUGAUGAUGAAGAUAUGGAAUCUGCUAUUAUGGGAAAUUUCUUAACUUUUAAUGAUACAUCUAAAAUUUUUGAAGAUUGCACAUAAGAUUAUAAAGAAAUAUUGACUAAUUUCUUUGAGCUUUCUCCUUUUAAAAAAAUGAAUCUUGAACUAAUAUACAGAGCAAGUAGAGAUAAGUUAACAAAGUAAACUUUUGAUGAGAAAGUGUGUGGAGUAUUUCCAUCAGUAGUUUUUAUAAAGAGCUGGGAAUACUUUAAAAUAUUCGGUGCAUAUUUAAGCGUCCCAUGGUCAAUCGAGCAAGGCUACCAGUAAGAUGAAAAUGCUUUCUUAUUUUCUAUCAGUGAAAAUGUAAAAAUACCAGUUAAAAACUCUGAAUCAGCUUUGUAUUAAGGAGAAGAGCACAUUUUUUCCUUUGGCACUAGUGAUUUAAGUAUUUUUGAAAAUGGAGAUUAAGAUGAAAAUAAUAAAUCAGAAUACCCAGGAGAUUAUUAAGAAAUAAAAAUCUAAUAAAAUAUUCCUCUCAACAGUCUAUUAGCAGGAAAUAAAAAUUUCUAAAUUGACGAGCUUGAAGUUUUUAAAAUCAUUAUUUAAGAAGAUAUGGAUUUCUGA